CUGAAGAAAUUUUACUACCUUCUACCCUGUAUCGUAAUGCACCUCAUCCUCAGUGAUAUUUUUGCUGCUCACCUAAGAACGUUCAAUGGAAAUGAUAUACUUUACAUGCAAAAGCAUAAUAAGUUUCGCUAUUUCAUCGUCUUCUUCUCGGGUGUCACAUUUAUGACGGCACUUUUUAAUUUUUGCGGUCAAAUGCUGCAACUUGCUUAUGCCAUCACAAUAGGGCAGGGCAGCUACUCUCCUGAUGAUUGGCGGCUAAUGAUGAACUAUCCUGUAUUGGCAAACUCGUUAGAGGAUAUCUGGUCAAAGCGGUGGCAUCGUGUUUUUCGAGUUGCUUGGAUAAGUUGUGCUUUUAAACCCAUCUAUUAUUUGCUCCGAGAACGAACGCGUCAUAUACCAAGUUUCAAAUAUAUUGCUCUAGGUACAGCUACUUUCGCUGUAUUUUUAGCAUCAGGUAUAAUGCAUGAGUACCUGGUGCUUUGCAAUGCUGGAUGGGCGAUCUAUAGAAAACAAUAUGCUGGUGACCAGCUUAUCUUCUUCGGUAUGCAUGGAAUGUUGGUUGUUUCCGAGAAGGUAUUGGAGCAGGCCUUAAAACACUCAGUUCCCCGCUCUAUACGUACUUCACUAGUAAUACAACUACUCCGCCACUUAUACGUGGUGGCAGUCGCAUUCUGGACACUUCCAUGGUUUAUGACUAGUUUUGCACCUUGGGGCUUUGAUAAGCUACCCUUCGUUACACCAAUUGGAGAUAAAACCAUCGAGUUACUGAGUGUUAAUACUUUCUUCCGACAAUAUUGUGGAUCAUGUUUGCAGUAGAUAUUUAUGCAAUAAAUUGAAAAUGUUAACCAAAAGAUACAUGGCUUGAAUUUAGCUUAGAAAUAUCGUAUAUAAUCUUCUGCAAUUAUCAGUUAUGCCCUUUAAUCAAUGUAUAUUUUAUAUAAAAGGACAGGAUGGUAUCUAUGUUUAAUCGAAUU